AUGGCUACCGACAAUAAAGGAUAUAGUAGUGAAGAAAAUGAUCGAACAGUUCCAUAUUCACAAUAUGAUGGACAUUUUGAGGAUUAUGAGGAUGAAGAGCCAGAAUUCUCAACAUACUUUACAGACCAGAAAGUUGAAAUUCCAACAUUUCCAGAUGAUGAUAAACUCCGAUUUAGUUUUAAAAAGUUAUGGGCAUUCACGGGACCUGGAUUUCUUAUGAGCAUUUCAGCAUACCUCGAUCCUGGAAAUAUCGAGAGUGAUCUACAAUCUGGAGUCGUAGCUAAAUAUAGACUUUUAUGGGUACUCAUGUGGGCAACAAUAUUAGGUCUUCUUAUGCAACGGCUGUCUAUGAGAAUUGGUGUUGUAACGGGCUUACAUCUAGCUGAAAUGUGUUACAGACAAUACAAAAGACUGCCUAGAAUACUUUUAUGGAUUAUGAUUGAAAUAGCUAUUAUAGGUUCCGACAUGCAGGAAGUAAUUGGAACCGCAAUUGCAAUUUAUUUGUUAUCAAUGAAAGCUAUUCCUAUUUACGUUGGAGUGAUUAUCACAGUUUUUGACACAUUCACAUUCCUGUUGAUGGACAAAUAUGGACUGAGGAAAUUGGAGUUCUUCUUCGCAUUUCUAAUUACAGUCAUGGCUGUAACGUUUGGCUAUGAGUUCUUUAUCGUUAAACCUGAAGCAACAGAAAUGAUCAAAGGAGCUUUAAUUCCAUGGUGUGAAGGUUGUGAUAGUCGAGCAUUACUUCAAGCUAUUGGAAUUGUUGGAGCAGUCAUUAUGCCACAUAACUUAUAUCUUCAUUCAGCACUAGUUAAAUCUAGAAAAGUUGAUCGACAUCAGCCAUCAAAAGUCAAGGAAGCAAAUUAUUAUUUCUUUAUUGAGGCAUCGAUUGCACUUUUCGUUUCAUUUUUAAUCAACGUAUUUGUUGUUUCUGUAUUUGCACAUGGACUUAGUGGAAAGACAAAUGAACAGAUUGUCGAGCAAUGUCAAAAUAAGACUAUUUAUGAAGAAGCUAAAGCAAUAUUUGUUGGAGAUGAACUAGAUGCUGAUAUUUAUAAAGGUGGAAUUUUUCUAGGCUGUUCAUUUGGAGUCUUUGCUAUGUAUGUGUGGGCUAUUGGCAUUUUAGCUGCUGGACAGAGCUCAACUAUGACAGGAACAUAUUCUGGUCAAUUUGCGAUGGAAGGCUUCCUUAAUCUAAAAUGGGCUCGAUGGCAUAGAGUUUUGGUAACUCGAAUGAUUGCAGUAGUUCCAACAUUCGCUGUCGCAUUUUACAGUGAAAUUGAACAAGUAACGAAAAUGAAUGACUAUCUGAAUGCUAUAAUGGCACUUCAACUGCCAUUUGCAACAAUUCCUACAAUUGCGUUCUCAUCAUCAGUGGCAAUUAUGGGAGAGUUUGUGAAUGGAUUUUGGAAUAAAUUGAUAUCAAUUUUGUUAAGCGUCACAGUGAUAGGAAUAAAUUUAGCAUUUAUUAUUAGUCGAAUCAAUUUGGCUCAUCUGACUGGCAUGUGGAUAGCAUUAAUUGUGAUAUUUUCAAUAUUCUACGUUCUGUUCUGUAUAUAUUUGGUCAUUCACAUGAUCUGCCUAAUGAAAUCCGAUGGUGCAUUAUCGCAAUCCAAUUUUGCGAGAAAAUAUGUAAUUAAGAACACAAGUCAUUUGGCAGAUGCUGGAAAUGAUUCUUCAGUAACAAGUGCUAAUACCGUUCGCAAACGGAUAAUUACAGACGAUAAAGUUGUGAAUACAAAAUUGUAAAAAACAAUGUCAAAAGACAAAAACAAAACUUAAUUAACAAAUUACACAAUCCAUAAUGUAUCUCAAAAACAUCAUUAUUUAUAGAAAUAUUCUUUUCAGAAAAGAGUAAAAUAAAGAAGAUUAUUUAAAUAAAG